UGAGAACUGUUACUAAGAGACCAGCAGACUCUGAGCUGCCACAUCCACAACUUCCUGCCAAAAUGUGGUUGUGGCUGCUGCUCUCUUUACCGUGGAUUAUUAGCGCAAAUGAGUGGUGCGAUAGAGGGCUGUGCGACCCGGGGCGCUUCCACAUACUGUGCAAAGAUGAACGGAGAUUUUACAGCACCUGUCCCCGGGCGGCAGAGCUCGUCCCCAUGACACCAGCAGUCAUUGAUAUGAUCACGCAUGCACAUAACGACUUAAGAAACAGAGUAGCAGGUGGCUUCACGUCUAUGCCCAGGGCAGCGAGAAUGUUGUCGAUGCAGUGGGACGGGAAUCUGGCGAUGGUGGCCGAGGCGGCAGUACGGCUGUGUCGAUUGGAGAAGCUCUAUUGUGCCACAGUGCCGCACAAUUUGUGGACCGGUCAGAACGAAGCCAUGGAGAGCUCCGACUGCCUCCAGCCCACCGAAAUUGUACUAAGAAAACAGCUCGCCGGCUGGAUCAGACAGGGAGACUAUGCAAGUCCGCACCAAUUGCAAAAUCCACUAUCUUGGGUAGAAGCAGCAUACUAUCUUCAAAUGGUGCGCGAUAGAUGUGACCGUUUCGGAUGCGCCAUCAGUCGCUUUACCAUUGGCGCUAUAACGCAUCAGCUAUUAAAGUGCAUAUAUAGCUGCACCGUUGCGCUGUCCUCCCGCUUGAAUCCCGUGUAUGAGGUUUCCAAGGAGUAUGCAGGGGAGAAAUGUCAGUCAGGACGCAGCACCGCUUACCCCCACCUAUGUAAUACAGUCGAAAGCGCUAAAAUAUGUUACGCAACUGAAUCUGUACAACAACCUCAUCCUACGACUUGGAAUCUUCCUCAGCUUCGGCCUGGAACAGGGUAUCCAAAUCCUUCAAAUCCUCUUUAUCCUGCAGGAAUUGCAUCUCCUGGAUAUCCUGGAAAUCCUGGAUAUCUACCACCAUUUCCCCAAUACCCUCCGACAGAUAUAUACGUACCACGUCCCAUCCCGCCAAACCCCUCUGUGGCACCACCUGGACCUGCUUUUGCCUACCCAUCACCGCCUCCACAUUGGACUCACCCGCCACCCUUUAUUACGAUAUUCGGUAUCAAUAUUCUUAGGACAGCUGCUGCACCACGUAGAGCCCGACCGAGGCCGAGAAUCAAUGGAAAAGAUUUAGGUAGAAUGGAAUAUGACUUUUCCGAUUACGUACAAGAUGUGGAUCCCUGUGACAGCUGCACCACGACACCAUGCAAUUUAAAAUAUCAUUGCUUGUAAUUUAUUUGCAUUCAGUUUGAAGACUAUAAAAGGUAUAUCCAGAAUCAUCAAAAAUAGAGCAAACUGGUUGUCUGAAA